AUGGGCUGCGACCACGAGCCAAAGAACCCAGAUAAUUGGAGGCUUUACCACCUACUGGAGUUAGAGCAACCUGUAACGGCAAAACAAGUACAAUGGACAUUUCGGAAGGUCACUCUGCGCCAUCAUUUCUACCAGGCCUACCUUGUCCUUUCCGACGUGGACCGCAAGAGCCUUUACGAUGCCCUUGGUGAGGAUGCAGUAGGUUUCAUACACAGCGGAAGUUGGGGACCUCUUAUGCAUCUAAUUGGCUCCAGGGGAUCUGUUUGUUUUUAUUGUGGAUCAAUGCUGCUGGCCUUUAUCACCUUGCUCCUCUUCUUCCUCUUUUUGGGGCUUCGCGUGGAUGAUCACACGUCUUGGUCGUGGCUGGCUGUUGCGGCCCCACUCUUCGUCUUUGUCAUUGUGGCGGUAAUUAUUACCGCCCUUGCCGUCAUUGUAAGCCUAUUCUGGCGACUUCCGAGGGAGGAGGGCAUGCGCUUCGUAGAACGACUUCCGGCUGUCGGCAACUUCCUAGCCACGGUGCUUUACGCCGUUUUUUGUUUCCUGGUUGCGACUGAAGUUAGAAAUGAUCCGACGAACGCGUCCAGAAAAUUUACAAGCUAUUUUGCCCUUCCUAUUAUAGCCGACGUGGUGUACUAUUUGUCUUCUUUGGUCUGGCGCUGGCCGCGUCGUGUGCGGCUGCAGAUGGAAAUCGGACUGAAUAAUCCCAAUCGUUUCUUGUGCUACGGAUUCUUUUUGCUGGGAUGGCUGUAUCUGGGUGUUUCCAUUGCGCAAUGGGUUCUGCUUGGCCGCCGCAUCGAUCAGAGGAUUCAAAUUAGUUGGUAUGUCACCUUUAUCCCGUUCUGCUUCCGCGCUGGCCUCCGUGUGGUGGAGGCAUUCAUGCGCAGCAUGGUGAAGCGGACUAUUGGCGUCAAAACAGCUAUGGGGCUCGCAUUUGACACGCUGGGGGCAUUUUUCUUCAAUGGAAUGCUACUGGUUUCAUUGUACUUUGUUGCCGUACGCAUUACACGUGGGAAGGAGGAGGUGCGGAUGCCGCUGGCACUCAUACCCGUUUACGUCGCGCUGGUGUAUCUGCUGUUUGCCAUGAUCUUCACCGCCGUCUACCUCUUGCGCAAGAACGUCAUCAGCGAGCGCGAGGAGCGGCUCAACAACCUGAAGUGGACCCCGACGGAUCUGCCGGUGGGAAGUCGGGGCGGUCCGACGCUUCUCCGCGACCUCGACACCGGCGCUGUGGACGCGGACUGGGACGCGAUGGACGACGAUGACGCCGGCUCGUCGUUGGUGUUUCGCGCGGAGAAAGAGGGCAGCGAGGACUACGAAGAUUUCGACAGCGCCGCGGAGGAAGACUUCUUCCCCAAUGUUGUCGAGAGCGAAGCCGCAAAAACGCCGUACGGCGUCUCUGCCCCGCCCGACGAGGACGCCGGACCGUACGCCGGGAGCAACACCCCCACCGGGACGGGCAGCGAGGUGCGAGGGCGACCACCGGUAGGGGCCGUCCACCGUGAGCUGCAUGACCCCAAAACGGACGUUGCCCGCUUUGAUAGCGCUGCGAGCGGCUACGGCGAGGAGGGGGACGAAGAGGAGGAAGAAGAGGAGGAAGACGAAGAAGGCGACGACUAUGAUGAUGACUACGAUGACGACGACGACAACCGCAUAGGGACUUCGAUGUCUUCCUCGCCCACGUCCAGUGCCUACUUCACGUCAAGCAUCCAUUCCGUGAAGCGCUGA